CAAAGGUUCCGAUGCGCUGGUGCGUUGCUGUCCUGGUGGGCGUACUCGCGGCGUUCGCCGCUUCCUCCGAGGUGUCGCUCCAGGAUCAGGUCAUCGAGGAUGUCGAGGUGAUGCAGGAGAUUGCCGAGCGGCAGUUUAAGCAGCGUGUGCGUGCGGAAGUGCUGUAUGGGAGCCGCGGCAUCCAAAGGCUGGUCAAGACGGCGGGCCUCGCCGUGGCUGGAUUCGGGCCGGAAAUGCCGUGGAAGCCUCCCAUCCCCGAGCCACCGCCGCCGCCUCGCACCCUCGAGACGGUCGCGAUGGUUGCGGCGGCGCUGCUGGCGGUGCUCGGCCUCUUCCUGCUCUGCCGGCCGGAGCCGCUGCCAUCGAGCCCGUUCGACGCGGGCGGCGACCCGCUCGUCGCGAUCGCCUUCCGCCUCUUCAACUCCACCGCCGACGGCCGCCUCACCCUCGCGCAGCUGAACGACGGCGCAAAGGCGAUCUGGGACGUGGCUGCGCCGGCGCUGGGAGAGAUCCUCGGACUCGGCGAGAUCAAAAAGGGGUCGAUCGAGGAGACCGCCCUCCGCUCCCUGCGCGAGAAGGCCGUUGCCAAGGUCUUCUACGAGAUGGACGACGACUCGGACGGCGCAGUGACCGAGGCCGAGUUCCACCGCUUCGUCAAGGGCGUGCGCUACCGGCGCGACCCCGUCCUGACGGUGGCCUUCAACCUGAUCGACAUCUCCGGCUCGGGGACGGUCUCGCUGGAGGAGUUCGCCGCGGCGGUGGCGCCCGUGAAGCAGGUCGCAAAGGAGGCGGUCCUCCGCGCUGCCGGCGUCUCUCCUGCCGCAGUCGAGGGCCUCGCAGACAGCGCGUCGGACGGCAUCGCCCGCCGCGCGAUCGCAAAGAGCUUCCGCAUGAUGGACCGCAACCGCGACGGCGCCGUCGACCUGGACGAGUUCCAGAUGUUCUUCCAGGCACUGGCGCUCAAGGCGUCCUGAGCGAGGCGGCGGCGGAGGCCGACUUGCCAAAGCCCAACGGCGCGCGACGAGGGAAGAGGAGGGAGGGGCGGGGGCGUGUGACGCGGAGCGGAAAAGGGGAGGCUUGGGGGCAGGCGCUCUGCAAUUCUAUGAAGGGGGUUCGCGUGAGCCCCCUCGUCUGUGUGCUGUGGGGAAAUGGUGUGUAGCCCGCGCGCGGCGGUACCUGUUAGUAGCACCCAUCAGGGGCGUCGUGUGUGCAGAGACGGCCUCGAUCCGCGCGUGUGGGUGGGGGAGCCCGGGGCACGAAUGUACAGCAUGUUGUUUCUUCUCGUCUUGUUCGCUUGUUCGUUGUUGUGGUUGCCUCAAACUUAUUUGUUCGUAAAUAGGCCA